AUGUCUUCCAUGAAUCUGUCUUCGCGACCCAAGCAGCCUUACGUCUCAGUCUCGUGCCCGUACACUACAUGUCGUGCAUCCAUCGAAUAUCUGCCACCGUCCAAUGCCGAUCUCGCCGCGCUGCCGUCGCACGAGACGUCGUUCACCGUGACAUGCUGCAGCUGCAGCAAGCAGUUCGAACCUGCUGGAGCCACCAAGAUGGUGCGCGAAGCUCGCAAAUCUGGCGGCAAGGAUGUCGCACGCAAACGACGCAUAGGUACCGACGAGAACCCACUCGAUAUGACCUACUACGACAUUCUCGGUGUGCCCGCCACAGCAACGUUGGAAGAGAUCAAAAAGGCGUAUCGCAAACUUGCCAUCAAGCUGCAUCCGGAUAAGAAUCCUAACGACGCAGAGGUGGAGGAAAAGUUCAAGGCAUUGGCCACGGCGUAUCACGUUUUGUCAGACGCCGAGUUGAGGCACAAGUACAACGAGUUUGGUGCCAGCACACCUGGUCUCACGCCCGAGGACGGGUUCGUUGAUCCAGAGGAGGUGUUCGGAUCGCUCUUUGGCGGUGAACGCUUCGCAGACAUUAUUGGAACUAUCUCCAUUGGCAAAGACAUGAAAGAGGCUUUGCAACAAGAUUCGGACGACUUGGAACGACAGGCGAACGGCGAUGAUCCCGGUGCUUUGAACACAGAGAAUCCAGGAGGUUCGGCUUCUAGCAAGCCCACGUUGACGCCCGAGCAAAAAGCAGCCAAAGAGGAGAAAGAACGCAAACAAGCCGCCGAACGCGAAAAGCAACGUCAAGAACGCGUCUCGAAACUGGUCGAGAAACUCAUCCGCAAGCUCAGCAUCUACACCGAAAGCGUACGCAACGCCAACGAUCCGGUCCUGGAAAAGGAAGUGGAAAAGUCAUUCCGCGAGAUCACGCGGCUAGAAGCCGAGGAGCUCAAGCAUGAAUCAUACGGAGUCGAGCUGCUCAACGCGGUAGGCUUUGUAUAUUCCGCCAAGUCCAAGCACUACCUUGCGAGUACAGGCUUCUUGGGUUCGUUUGGAGGCGUCUUUCACUCGGCUGCAUCCAGCAUCCACGUGGUGAGGGAGACGGUAUCCACCGUAAGAGCUGCGCUUGAGUUGAAAAACGUGUUUGAAGAGUUGGCCAAGGCCGAAGACGCCGGUAUCACGGUGGAGCGCAAGAGGGAGUUGGAAGAGCAGGCGGCCGAGAAGGGCAUGCGUGCACUGUUCAAGGGCGCCAAAUUGGAGGUGGAGAGUGUCAUCAGGGAGGUCAGCGAGGCUGUGCUGUACGACUCGUCGAUCGGAAAGGAGACCCAGAGGUUGAGAGCGCAAGCCUUGGGAAUCGUAGGAGAUAUCUACAUGGGCAUUAAAAAGGACAAGCACGGUGCUAACGCCGAUGCCAACCCAAACGACGCACCAGUCGACGAUUUCGUAAAGGUCGACACCAAAGCUUCCAAGGAUCGAGACCAGAAACAACAGCAAAAAGAGCCCCCUCAACCUUGGUGA